CUAAUUUGUAUUUUAUAUAAUAUUUCUAACUGGCUUAAAAAUAAGCAUAAAUGUCGUUUCUUUGAUUACAGAGCAACACAUAAUCUUAUUAUAUUAGCCAAAAUCCAUAUAAAUCUUAUAAAACGACAUAUUUAUAUACAAAAGUCGCUUAGAAAUGGAGAAAUUACGAUUUGAAUUUACAUUACUGCCAUCAGAAGACCGAAAAUCAAAUAUUUUGUGCAUAACCUCAAUCACUACAAGUGAGAACAAAAUAUAUGCUAUACCGCUGGAACUUCAAGCUGCUGCUUAUCAUAAAGAAAUAACAAAAACAACUGCUUAUGCUAAAAUUAAAAACAGUUUGGCAAAAAGACAUCAGAUAAGAAGAGUUUGGAUAACAAUGACGGAAGAACUAAGUAAGAUUUAUAUGGAUGAAGACGGUAAUUUACAGUUUGGAAAUCAGUAUUUAGAAGAACUGGACCAUCAAGAAAAAAUUGCUGUCUCACAUCAAGAAGGAACGAGUACAUUAGAAAAGUUAUUAGAGAAAUUUAUGGAAAAAACACAGGAAAGUAAACAUCAAAGCUUAAAACAUAUUGCAGAAAAGUUUGUAAUUGAAAAAUUUACAAGCAAAAAUUCAAAUGCAAACCUGUGGAUCGAUACUUUUGAAAAAGAAUGUGAACGUUUCGAAGUAACAACAGAUGAGAAGAAGAUUGAGAUAUUGAGAUUAUUUAUGGACAAGAGUUGUGCAGACUGGUACAGUUCCAUGCUAAUAAGAUUUACAAUGAAUGCAGAAUGGUCAAUGUGGAAAGCAAAAUUUUGUGAAACAUUUACAAACAAAGGAUGGAACCCAGUAACAUAUGCACUAUUAUUUAAAUAUAAAGAUGGAUCAUUGUUGGAUUAUGCUAUAAGGAAAGAAAAACUUUUACUGGAUAUGAGAAGAACAAUAGAUACUGGUACCUUGGUGGAUCUUAUUGCAACUGGUUUACCAGAAUUUAUACUAAACAAGAUUAAUAGAGAAGCAAUUAAAGACACCAUUGAUUUAUUCAAUGAGGUAAGCAAGUAUGAAAACAUGAUAAAUAAACAGAGUUAUGUUGUAAAAAGAAGGUAUGGAUAUGCCAGCCAAAGCCAAAAUCUAGCAGAGAAAAUUGAGGAGAAAAAAGCAUGUAAAAUAUGUGAGAAACUUAACAAAGGCACACGUUAUCAUCCUGAAGCUAUAUGUUGGUUUAAAACAAGAGAAAAUGAAAAGAUAAAAAAGAACUUCAUUAAACACGUAAACAAUUCGGUGAUAGAAGCGGAAUUAAAUGAAACUGAACAAAAAAACGAAUAA